UUGCGCUACCGUUGUUAAUAACGGAGAGAUCUAUAUGAUCAAUGAAUCUAGAAGAGACUUCCAAGCCAAUGAAGACAUGGAGCACUCAGGAGGCCUGUAUAAUGAAAAGACCCUAAGAGAAAUUGAGAUGGGACCAUGUAAGAUUUCGAUACCACACAUCUCGACUCCACCAGGUCUUGCCGAGGAAGUAUCAAUUGAGCGGAACGGAAUCGAUUUCCGGAUAAGUAUUGCUACUCCGCCACCAGCUCUUCCGUCCCCUCUGUCCUUCCUAAUGAUGUUGAAGUGCCUGAUUUUAAUUUGUUGCUCAGAUCUCCACCAAGUCUCCGAGAUACACAGAACGUGAGCAUCCUUGGCAAGAAUCUGAAGCUCAGACAAGGACGACCUCAAGCUGCGAGCAUUCCACUGGAUAAUUUUUAGGUUCUCUUUUGGCGACAUC